CUUUCCAGGUAAUGGAGGCUGGCAAGACGACCCUACCCAAGUGGUUGUAUUUCGACGUUGAGACUCGUACCUUCUCUGGAGUCCCGAAACCAGCAGACAUCGCCCAGUAUUACAUCGAGGUUGUGGCGCAGGCUGAGGACCAAGGAGCUGUUAGUCAGUUCGCCAAAGACGUCUUCUCGAUUCAUGUGACCAAAGAAAGCUUGAAACCCACCACUGUGGCGGCAGCAGCAGCAGCAGCAAUCAGUGGUUCAUCAUCAAAGAAGAACGGCAAGGGUUCAAAUUCUCCACCAGUCAUCCGAUGCAUGCCCCAGGAGCCAGAGACAGCAUUUACGCUAAUUGUUGAUGCAGACCUUGAUCAACUUCCUCCCCACGGCAUUGUGGGACUGUUAAAGAAACUGGAGCACAAUCUGGAGCUUGUGUCUGAGAUGUUUAAGGUCGGUCCUGCCACCACUGGCAACAGGCCCAUCCCUCCUGUCCAUGCAGUCGCCCCAGACACAUCGUCCUCAUCCACCCUUGAAUCAGGGCCCGGUGACACAAAAAUCGCAAAACACCCCGGGGUGCUUGUCACAUGGCUGGUUGGUUGUGGCCGAGUGGAGCUGCAGCACAUGAACGUUCUACAGAGGGUGGAAUCAAUUUCAGCAAAUGGCACCUUGUCCGAGCUCCUCGGUCAUGGAGUUGUAGGGUGGCAUGUGACAAACAGACAAGUAACCCUGCCUGAGAAGAGAGUAAGGCGUGCAGCCAUCAUGGCCACCCCGGCUGUCACUGACAUUGCACCGACGCGCACCCACCUGCAUUCGCACAAGACCCACCACCGACAUACAGAUGGAAUGGCCAUCAGCAUGCCCGAAUAUUGCAGUCGCGCAAGAAAGCUAAAACCACGAAUAGCACACAGGAUUCCUGUACAGGAAUUCGAGGCCGGGAAGCGAGCCUACUUCUCUGUGCCAUCUGACACGUUCAUUGACUGCAAGGAGCCCAGCGACCGCUUGACGCUGGCAUUUUUCCUUAAGCAACUCCCUCCCAACAUUUGGCUGCAGCGAGACCCGGCCAAUAACAAAAGCAUAAUUGGGCUUCCAAUGGAAAGCAAUGUGGGCAUCCUCAACGUGACAGUGGUGGCGAUAAACAGUGAUGGAAAGUUCAACAACAUGGACUUCCUCGUGAAGGUUCUGAAGAACAAGAACCUCAAGAGCAACAAGGUAACCCACAAGAUCAAGAUGAAGUUCAGUAUGGAGUACAAGAAGUUCAUGUCAAACCUCGACUCGAGGCUCAAUCUCAUUGACAAGAUAGGCAAAUUGUACGGAGACGCAGAUGCGAGCAGCGUCACAGUGCUCGAAAUAACAGAGGGGUCCGUGGAGGUGUCGUGGACAAACAACACUCUCGUCGGCACAAAAUGCCCCGAUGAUGCUACCAAAGCCCUUUUUGAAUGCCUAGUUGAUGACAAAAAGCGGGUGAAACGUUCAGCAAGGAAAGCAAUGAAACCUUUCAAGCUGCAAUCGGCCCAAAUAAUCCCGAUGGGAGCUUGUGCUGGGGUCUAUAUCAACCCAAUGCCGAGCACCACAAUGGUAGCAUCAACAACACCAGAACUCAAUAUCAACCCAAUGCUGGACACCACAAUGGCAGCAGCAACAACACCAGAACUCAAACCACAGUCUGAUGAUGAGAACGUUAUUCUUAUUUCAACCAUUGUCCUUGAUGUCACCAUCGUGUCCAUAUUGCUUCUGGCCCUGCUCAUUACUUGCAUCCGUUACCGAAAGAGUCGGAGAGAAAAGAUGUCGCUCUCGUCUGCCGGCGAGGGCACCCAGUUGAUCCCGAACCAGACCGAAGAAGAGGUGGGCAUCGCAGAAACGGUGGAGUAAACGAACCCUUACUCGGCUCGCAACCGUAUGAGCCACCACCUCCUGUCACUGCGUCGCAGGGCAAGAAACAGCCGCGCCCCCACGUGCAACCCCCCUACACAUCACCUCCUCCAUAUGUGCCUCCAUAAGUUCAUUGCUGAAGUGUAAUUACAUAUAUAACUGUAUGUAUAUAUGUAUGUAUGUAUGUAUACUUAUACAUAUAUAACGUAUGUGUGUGUGCGUAUAUAUGAUAUACACUUGUGUUC